AUGAGCUGGCCUAACGGAAACAUGAUGUGCGAUGUUAUGCCAACGAUAAAUGAAGAUGGUAUUGAUGUUAAUACCGAAGAACAUCCUUCUUCACAUGACAAUAACAUCGAACAGCUUAUGGUCAAUAUGCUUGAAGAUCGGGAUAAACUCCAAGAGCAGCUAGAGCAAUAUAAGAAGACUAUUGAAACAAAAGAUCAUCAGGCAAAGUUAUGGGAAAAGGAAAAAGAAAGUCUCCUCAGGCAAAUAAAUCUGCACACUCAGAGCUUACCACCCGAAUUGCAAAUUUUAACGCGAGAACUCAUACAGCUUAGAGAAAGCCUUUUAGAGAAAGAUGAAGAAAUAGUUGAAUUAAAAGCCGAGCGUAAUAACACUCGACUGUUAUUAGAACAUCUAGAAUGUCUUGUUUCUCGUCACGAACGUUCCUUACGGAUAACUGUGAUGAAAAGACAACAACAGAAUCAAGCAGGAGUAUCUUCAGAAGUAGAAGUGUUGAAAGCUUUGAAAAGUUUAUUCGAGCAUCACAAAGCCUUAGAUGAGAAAGUCAGAGAACGACUAAGAGUUGCCAUGGAACGCGUAGCUACAUUAGAAGAUGAUUUGACAAUAAAGAAUGAUGAAAACAUUCAAUUGAAAUCUCGCAUAGCUGUCUAUGUGAGUGAAGCUGGCGACUCACAAAAGUUAGAUGAAAAAACGAAUGGUGGAACAGGUAUUGAUUCAGCUCGCAUGUUAGACAUGCAGGAAGCUUGCGAACGUUUGAGAUCGGAACUUCAAAAUGCUGUUAAACAGACCGAAGACUUAUUCCGGAGAAAUGCCGAUUUGGAAGAAGAGUUAUCUAAUUCUCAAGAGCAGCAUCAAUCGGUUCAAGAUCAGAUAGUGAAGUUCAAAAAUCAACUUCAAGAAGCAGAAGCUCAAAAAGUAGAACAACAACGAAGAUUUGAUUCGCUCGAAAAUAGAUAUAUGAGUUCGCAACGCGAAUUCACAUGCAUCAGAGAUCUGAACGACAAGCUUGAGCAUGAGUUGGCAAAUAAGGAUGCCUCUGUAAGACUGAACGAGGAAAAAGUGUAUUCUCUUCAAAACAAAUUGGAGUUGGCAGAAAAACAACUUGCGCAAUCACUCAAAAAAGCUGAAAGCUUGCCUACAGUAGAAGCCGAACUACAGCAGAGAUUGAAAGCAUUGUCAGUGGCCGAGCAGAAACAAUUGUCAGCUGAAGAGAGAAUACAUGCCGUAGAGAAGCAGAUGAGUGAAAAGGCAGGAGAAUUGGAUCGAGCUUUGCAAAGAGAGCAGAUGAACGAAGAACAUAACCAGCGAUUAAGUUCUACUGUAGACAAACUUCUAUCAGAAUCGAAUGAUCGUCUUCAAUUGCAUCUCAAAGAGCGCAUGCAGGCUUUAGAUGAUAAAAAUCGGCUGACGCAAGAGCUUGAAAAUAGUAAAAAAUUGAUGCAUCAAGCUGAAAGGGCGGUCGACCGCUUCCAACGGGAGAAUGAUUCGUUAAAAGCAGAUGUUGAUCAUUUGAGAAGGCAGUUAUAUAGCAAUCGAACAGCUCAGUUUACGUCAAAGAUCAAUUCCUCGCAUUGCAAUCUCAUUUCCGGACAGAAUAGCUGUUAUACGCCAGGAGAUCUAAUAACCACUUAUCUAUCAAGUAAUGAGCCACCUGCUGCAUCAUAUGCAACCGUCGGGGCUAGAAGGGCUAGGAAGGGCCGGGUCGCAUUACAGAAUGACGCAACAAAAGUCCAAACGUUGAAUGAAGAAGAAUGGGAUCGUCUGCAGCAGGCACAUGUGCUGGCAAAUGUUCAACAAGCCUUCUCUUCAUCACCGUCUCUAAUCGACAUGAAUACAUCGGUCCAUCAAAACGACCCUCUAGCUGGAGCAGAUAAUACAAUGUUAGCUUCAAUGCUUCAAGACCAUCUGGAUGCAAUCAACUCGGAGAUUAAUAUGAUUAAUCAAGAGAAGGAGUUAGCAGAGAAAGCCGUGGACCAAUAUGAAAAACAAGUCAGAUUAGGAUACUACUCUGAUCACUCUCCUACACGUAGCUCACCGCAAACAUAUUCAUCAGAGUUUGCUGGAAACAAAUAUUUCACACUUCCCAAUAGGUCUUAUCAGGAUAACGACUAUCCACAAAGCGCAGUUCUGGAUGACUCUAUUCUCAGUUUGAAGAACAACGCAUCUUUAUAUCGUUUAAAGAAAAAUCAGCUGAAUGCUCAAAACGAUAUUGACAGACUGAGCCCAGUAUCAUCUGUGGCUUCAUCUUCUAAUGGUUACACAACUAAAAAGAAGCGUAGUACUAGUUCUUCUGGUUUCCGAACACUAGGCAGACUUUUCACGAAAAAGAAAUCUCAAACUAUCUUAGGAAACGAAGGAUCGUUUUCGGAUUCUGAAAUAACAUCCGGUAUGGAUGGAAGAUUUGAGAAAGCAAAUGAAUGUGAUAGAAGGAAUAAGAAGAAACAUGAGUUACUUGAAGAGGCUUUAAAAGCAAGAACACCAUUUGCUUUAUGGAAUGGACCAACAGUUGUAGCAUGGCUUGAGCUAUGGGUGGGUAUGCCAGCUUGGUAUGUCGCUGCAUGUCGAGCCAACGUCAAGUCCGGAGCAAUAAUGUCGGCUCUUAGUGACCAGGAAAUUCAAAGGGAAAUUGGAAUAAGUAAUCCGCUACAUCGACUGAAGCUGCGUUUGGCUAUCCAAGAAAUGGUUUCUCUGACUUCCCCAUCCGCUCCUCGUUCGACUAGGGAAAAUUUCGCUCUAAGAGAUAUGAAUCACGAAUGGGUUGGAAAUGAAUGGUUACCAAGUUUAGGACUGGGUCAAUACAGAUCUGCAUUUAUGGAAUGUUUGUUAGAUGCUCGCAUGUUGGAGCAUCUAUCAAAGAGAGAUUUAAGAUCACAUUUACAUAUGAUUGAUAGCUUCCAUCGAGCUAGUUUACAAUAUGGAAUUUUAUGCUUGAAAAAGCUUAAUUAUGAUAAGAAAGUGUUGCAAUCUCGUCGUCAAGCUUGCGAGGAGUUAAACACUGAUCUACUUGUUUGGUCAAACGAACGAGUUCAAAGAUGGGUAGAAGAGAUCGGAUUAGGAUCAUAUGCUCCCAAUCUUCAUGAAAGUGGAAUUCACGGUGCACUUAUAGCAUUAGAUGAGACAUUCGAUGCGUCAACUUUCGCAGUAUCUUUACAAAUUAACCCAUUAGAUAAACAAGUCCGAAAAGUCUUAGAAUCAAAUUUCAUUCAGCUCAUACGUGACUUCCGAAAUAAUGGUGGUUACAACUUAUAA